AUGGCCAUGGCCUACCCAAAAUUGUAUAAUGUCCUCUCCUUCUACCUUGCAACCAUCAUAGCCAUUUCCCAAUUCUUGAUUUCCAUUUUACCUUAUUUGAAUCCAAUCACACUCCUAAUCACACUUGCGGAUGCACUUUUAUCUCUAUACUUGAGAUCAUGUGGUCUUUGUCCCUGCACAGUUGAAUUAGAUGACCAAACCACAAUGAACUUUUGGGUUGCAAAUUCUAGGAGGUCUAAUAAGCCUGCUCUUGUAAUGCUUCAUGGGUAUGGUGGCAAUUCAAAGUGGCAAUUCAUCCAUCAAGUGGGUUCACUUUCUCAAAGUUUCUAUCUGUACAUACCUGAUCUAUUGUUCUUUGGCAAAUCCUACACCAACAGGCUAGAAAGGACAGAGGUUUUCCAAGCAAAAUGUGUGGCAGAAGGGUUGAAGAGAUUAGGGGUGGAGAGAUUUGCUGUUUACUCUAUAAGUUAUGGAGGGUAUGUGGCAUAUUGGUUGGCUGAGAUGUAUCCAGAGUUGGUGGAGAAAGUUGUGGUUGUGAGUUGUGGGGUUGGGAUGACAGAGGAGCAGAAAAGAGAGCAGAUCAAUAAGGUUGGAAGCAAUGCAUUGAAUCUCCUCGUACCUGAAAGUGCUCAUGAUCUGAGGCUCUUGGUGAAUCUGACAAUGCACAAACCUGGCCCUUCUAAGUGGGUCCCUGAUAUUUUCCUUCAUGGGUUCAUCAACGUGACCUAUAAACAACACAGGAAGGAGAAAUUAGAGCUGGCAGAGCACUUGCUGAGGAAAAAAGCAGAUAUAGACCUUCCCAUUCUAACUCAGGAAACACUGAUAAUUUGGGGAGACAAGGAUGAUGUCUUCCCUGUGUACUUGGCCUAUCAGCUGCAAAGGCAGUUGGGGCCAAAAUCAAAGGUGGAGAUAAUCAAGGACACAGGUCAUGCAGUAAACAUGGAUUCACCCAUUUCCCUGAAUGCUCUGAUAACUUCAUUUGUUUUGGGUUACUCUUAG